AUUAAAAAUGGUCCUUUUUUGUUUUCGAUGUUUUGGACCAUUCUCCUAGCCUGUUCCCGGAGGACGAAAACGAACAGCACAUCCAUCUCCAUCAGACGGUAGCAAAGUCUCGAAGGAGCUUUUAGUGAUUUUCCUCGACGCCUCGUAAUCAAGAAGAACCGGAGGGUGCCAAUCCAUCAUCUUGCAAUGUUGCUCAAAUCGUUGGGACGCUGCCGGGCACCGCGGACGCUGCUGCAACCGCCGAGCACGACCACCGCAUCGGUCUUCGGCGGCGGCUCCCGGCGAAGCGUUCCCGUUGCCGAUGGCAGGACUCGCCGCAUUUGCCCGGCGCAGCGCGGGAUGUCGUAUUCGCGCAUGCUGGACAUGGGGGGAGCCCCUUCUGCGAAGAGCGAUCAGUCGCUGAUACGUACCGUCAACGCGAGCAAAAACAGCAAGCUCCAGGCCGUGGCAUUUGAUUUCAAGGUGCUGAUCAAUACAACCACGAACGAUGCGAAUGCAAACAUAGACGGGAAUCCAAAAGAGAACGGUGCCGCGGCGCCGGAGUGGUCCCGGACCGAUCGAUCCACCACUCGGCAAUCACCACCACCGCUGCCACCACCCCCAACAACACCCCCAACGGGAGAACCGUCUGCAACGGCGAAUUUCAUAGACACCGAUCGCAUCAAGCAGGUGGCUUCGCUCCUGAACGUCAAGCUCGGCUCGUCGCCGGAGGAAACCGACCCCGUGCCUACCAAGAAAGCGCCGCCGAAACCAAAGGACUACGACCCCAGCGCCGCGGACAUCCGGGCCAAGUACGCUUCCAAGCUCAAGGGCGGCCUCGCCGGAAUCGAACUGGCCAAGUCGCAGGUCAGCGAGACCCUGACCAAGGGAGACGCCGCCGGCCACCUCGCGGCCCGGAAGAUUGCUUUGAUGGGCGACAACACCGCGGCGGGGGCGACCGGGGGCGGCUCCAAAAAGUGGCUGCCCUCGCAGGCGGCGACCCAGCUCCUCACCCUGCUGACGCACCGGAGCAUCCGCGUCUGCCUGCUGCCGAUCCUUUCGGCGGGUCCGGGAGGGGCCGACGGGUCCGGGGAGGAGCCGAGAAUGGAGGAUUUCGGGGCGCAGCUCAAGAACGUCGUCAUCGACAACAUGGUUCCGAGCCUCGGCAGCGGCGGCGACGGGGAAGACAACGAGGACGGCAUCGAGAACGCGCUGAGAAAAGGGGUGCUGGACGAGCUGGACCUGGAUCCCAACCGGGUCCUCCUGGUUUCGGACCGGGAUGCCUACCUCCGCGCGGGGAGGGACAUGGGCAUGAACAUCUGCAGGAUACGCGCCAGGAACGCUCGCCGCGGGAACAUUACGGCACAAUACACGAUCGAGUCCGUCGAGGAGGUCCGGGACGUCGUCAACGAAAUCAACGGGAUUUCCUUCAACGUUGUUCUGAACAGGUGACGGUGGUUGCGGCUGCAACCACGGCGAUGGUGCUUGACGCAUGUAUUUCUUGCCUCCGACCACAGAACCGCUAGUUCGCAACUGUGCACAAAGAAAUAGAAUAGAAAGAUUAAAAUAAA